UUGAAAGACAACCCUCUUUCAUUAAACAGACACAUUUUUUGAACUGCUUUAGCUUUUAACGUUUAUAAAUGGGUAAAGUACUUCAGGAAAUUUGAAAACACAGAACAUAAUUUUCUGUUCUGACUUCAUAAUAUUCGUGAAGCUAUAUGUUUGAAGUUUGGUUAUUCAAACAUCUGAAUUCUUUUAUCUCCGGAGAAGAAUUUAGUGUUAACGCAUAGAAUUUAUAUUUCUGUAAAUUGUGCGGUAAAUUUGAUUAUUGUAGUAGUUAAGUACAUCCAGCCGUUUUGUGUUACAUUAAACAUUGGUUAAGAUGGCAUCCAGUGAAAAACUUGCUGACAUUACUAAAGGAAUUAAGCCUGUUAAUAUCAAACAAAACGAUGAACAACUUGUAGCAAAUUCUAAAGGAAAAGAAAAUAAGCCUGUCUUAAAAAGUAAAAUAGCAACUGUUUCUAAUCAUGCUGCUGUUAAGUGUGAUGUGAAACCAAAAUUAUGUGCAGCAACAGAAGUUCCUGUAAAAAAGGUGACCACACAAGUGCCAGUACGUGUGCAAAAACUGCAAAAUGCAAAUAUGAAUAAACCUUUAAGUAGUCAAAUGAAAGUAGCUGAAACUAAACAAAUUCAGGGUCUUAAAGAACUGCCAGCUCUCAAGACUGAAAAACAGUGCAAUAAAAAUAUUGGUUCUACUAAACAAACCAGUGCAGGUAGCACAUCAUCAGCAUCCAACAAUGACCAG